UAGAAAUAUACAGAGUAGAUAGUAUGUCUUGUCUGGGAGUUAAAGCGAUAAACCCCUAAAACCUCCAUGGACAAGCCCAAAGACAACUGCUGCUGAAGCAGCAGCCGAGUCGCAAUCGUUUCUUCCAUUUUUUCUCUUUCAGCACUUUCUUCUUUGAAAUUUCUCCGCAUUCUCAAAGAAUGGCCCUAACAAUUCAAUACACGCCAAACCCAUUUCACUCAUCUUCAGGAACACUGUUAGUCAACCAAACACAUCCAAUUCUUGUUCAAUUCAAACCACUCUCAAAACCACCUUCAUAUCACACACCAAAGCGUACCCUCCGGAAGCGACCCACCAUUCGAGCCUUCGCCUCCGCGAACCCGAAUGGUCCAGAAGGUUUCUCCUGGCAGAGCCUGUCCCGGUCGAUUCGCAGUGGUUCGGAACGAUUCUUAUCAAGAUUCGGUGAGUUGGUGAAGAGAGAAACUGGCUUCGAUUUGGAAGAUGCUAAUGUUAGGGUGUCUGGGUUUGUGGGUCGGGCUCGGGACUUCGCGAAGAAAGGCGAGUCUGAGUUGAACAGGUUCAGGUCUGAGUUGCUUCCCGAGUUCAUCAAUUGGAAUAAAUGGGACCGUUGGAAGGACAUCAAGAGUUGGGAACCCAAAAGAGUUGGUGCCUUGAUACUUUAUUUUUUUGUUGUAAUAUUUUCUUGUCAAAGAGUAUAUAUGGCAUUUCGAGCUCCUUUCAUAGAUCGUCAAAGAAAGGAAUUGGCUGAGGCAUAUAUGGAGGCAUUGAUUCCUGAGCCAACUCCCACUAACAUCAGGAAGUUUAAAAAAGGUAUGUGGAGGAAGACAACCCCCAAAGGCCUAAAACUGAAGAAGUUUAUCAAAGGACCCGAUGGAACACUUAUUCAUGAUAGUUCAUAUGUUGGGGAAGAUGCAUGGGUUGAGGAUCCUGAGCCUCCUCAGGACAAUGUAAAAGAAAUUAUAGAGAGUGAUGUAAGAUUUAAUGCAGAAGAGAAGAAGAUUCUGGAAGAAGAUUUGGGAGUUUCAGUUGAAAAUAAAAAAACUAGAGGAACAUGGCGUGAUAGGCUUCAUACAUGGAAGGAAAUUCUUAGGAAGGAUAAAUUAGCUGAGGAAUUAGAUUCAGUAAAUGCUAAAUAUGCUGUCGAAUUUGACAUGAAAGAGGUUGAGAACAGUCUUCGCAAGGAUGUGGUGGAAAAGGUGACAAAUACCCAAGGAACCAGGGCAUUGUGGAUUUCUAAAAGAUGGUGGCGCUAUCGUCCAAAACUUCCUUACAUCUAUUUCCUUCAAAAACUUGAUUGCUCUGAGGUUGCUGCUGUUGUCUUUACAGAGGACCUGAAAAGAUUGUACGUGACAAUGAAAGAAGGGUUCCCAUUAGAAUAUGUUGUUGAUAUUCCACUUGACCCUUAUUUGUUUGAGGCUAUCUCAACUUCUGGAGUUGAAGUAGAUCUCCUUCAGAAGCGGCAGAUCCAUUACUUUCUAAAAGUUGUAAUUGCAUUGCUACCUGGUAUUAUGAUAUUGUGGUUUAUAAGGGAAACGUUGAUGCUUCUACACAUUACUUCGAAGCGUUUUCUUUAUAAAAAAUAUAAUCAACUUUUCGAUAUGGCUUAUGCGGAGAACUUUAUCCUGCCAGUUGGAGAAGUUGGUGAAACAAAAUCCAUGUAUAAAGAAGUAGUACUAGGAGGUGAUGUCUGGGAUCUUCUGGAUGAGUUGAUGAUUUACAUGCGAAACCCAAUGCAGUACUAUGAAAAGAGCGUAAAGUUUGUUCGGGGUGUUCUUCUGUCUGGACCACCAGGAACGGGAAAAACUCUUUUCGCACGGACGCUUGCAAAAGAAAGUGGAAUGCCUUUUGUUUUUGCGUCUGGUGCGGAGUUUACUGAUAGUGAAAAAAGUGGUGCUGCUCGAAUUAAUGAGAUGUUUUCUAUUGCGAGGAGGAAUGCUCCUGCUUUUGUGUUUGUGGAUGAAAUUGAUGCUAUUGCUGGAAGACAUGCAAGAAAGGAUCCACGAAGAAGGGCAACAUUUGAAGCUCUCAUUUCACAGCUGGAUGGAGAGAAAGAGAAAACUGGUGUUGAUCGAUUUUCACUGAGACAAGCUGUUAUAUUCAUCUGUGCUACGAAUAGGCCAGAUGAACUGGACCUAGAAUUUGUUCGCCCUGGACGUAUUGAUCGUCGUUUAUACAUUGGUUUACCUGAUGCAAAGCAGCGGGUGCGCAUUUUCCAGGUACACAGUUCAGGAAAGCAACUUGCUGAAGAUGUUGACUUUGAGAAGUUUGUUUUCCGCACCGUUGGUUACUCGGGGGCAGAUAUUAGAAAUCUUGUCAAUGAAUCUGCUAUAAUGUCUGUGAGGAAAGGACAUUCCAAGAUCUAUCAGCAAGACAUUGUUGAUGUGUUAGACAAACAGUUACUUGAGGGCAUGGGAGUGCUCCUCACGGAGGAAGAGCAACAAAAAUGCGAACAAAGUGUAUCUUUUGAGAAAAAGAGACUUCUGGCAGUACAUGAAGCUGGUCACGUAUUGCUGGCACACCUGUUUCCUCAAUUUGAUUGGCACGCGUUUUCUCAGCUCCUGCCUGGUGGCAAGGAAACUGCAGUAUCGGUUUUUUACCCCAGAGAGGAUAUGGUAGACCAAGGAUAUACAACCUUUGGCUACAUGAAAAUGCAAAUGGUGGUAGCUCAUGGUGGGCGUUGUGCUGAACGUGUUGUCUUCGGCAAUGACAUAACUGAUGGGGGAAGGGAUGAUCUUGAAAAGAUAACAAAGAUUGCUCGGGAAAUGGUCAUAAGCCCAAGAAAUUCGAGGUUGGGGCUUACUGCUUUGACAAAAAGAGUUGGACUGAUGGAUCAACCAGAUAGUCCAGAUGGUGAGCUGAUAAAGUAUAAGUGGGAUGAUCCUCAUGUGAUUCCUGCCAGUAUGACACUUGAAGUUUCUGAGCUAUUCACUCGAGAAUUGACAAGGUACAUUGAAGAGACAGAAGAACUUGCAAUGAAUGGAUUGUUCAACAACAGACACAUACUGGAUAUGAUUGCAAAAGAAUUAUUGGAGAAAUCCAGGAUAACUGGAUUGGAAGUUGAAGAGAGAAUUAAAGGACUUUCUCCAGUUAUGUUUGAAGAUUUUGUGAAGCCUUUCCAGAUAAACUUGGAAGAGGUGGGAGAUGGACCGUUGCCUCACAAUGACCGCUUGCGUUAUCAGCCACUGGACAUAUAUCCUGCACCAUUGCACAGAUGUUAAGACACCCUCUUUUGAUUUCCUUGCUGAAUUUUUGUUCCCCAAAAGGGGUAUAUUAUGGUUGCUUUGGUUGCCACGCAUCAGUGAAGAAAGAUGAUCUCGUUUCGGCAAUGAGCCAACCAACCAGAUUGCUUACAGUGACGGUUGAGUUGUUAUGGUUGAAGCUUGUUCAUACCUGAAGGGCGGCUAAUGUGAUGAGGCUAAGGAAGUAUGCUUGUUUUUUUUCUUGAAAUAUAAAAUUAAAAAAUCUGAUGUUGUAUUAUAACUUUGAUAUAAGAAGUAAAGGUUUCAUUUUUCUUCUGUUUCUUUCUUAGAGGUACUGUCUUCAUAUUUAUAUACAGAUUUCAUGGCUUGUAUUAUACUUUCUUCAUGAAUGCACCAACAAAUAAUAAUAACUCAACUCAAUUCAAGCAAAUAA